AUCUACCUACAGUUCAUCCGAAGGAUUCAUUUUAAGUCUCCCCACUAUCUAACCUUCCAUGAGGAAAACUCUAGCUGUGGGGGACUUCGGAACAUGGGGUGCUCUAAAAAGAGUUGUGUCUAUAGCUCCCAGGGCACAGCAUCCAUGUCCUGCCCAGCCACAAGAAUGGAGCACCCACCACAUAUUGGCAUCACCACAGUGUCAGACUCUUAUGAUGCAACCGGUUAGCUAUCAUGCUCCCUGAGCACUACAAGCUACUGUGGAAUGCAAGAAGAGGAGAGGACAACACACCAUUUGGAUCCAUGCGACUCAUCCCUGUCGAUUCUGUGCAACCUAUAAUGGAUCUCAGGGAACAACGACAAACUCCUCUUUUGCUUUGGUGCUCCCAGCUGCAACUCCACAAACCUCACCACUGUACCAAAAGCUGACACGGCUGGGGCUAAAGCCUCUCUCAUUCCAGUCCCCACGCACAGACUUUCUUACUAUAUGCGCACAAGCUGUUCAUACUCUGACCACCCAACCCCAUCCCAUCCCUCUAGGUUUCCCAUUUUUGAGAGAUGCCUUGUUUUGUUCUUCUUCAAGCUGGCUUGGCAUGUAGAUUGCAGUUGCUUGCAGAGAACAAGUGACUACUACUCUUUGUAUGCUUCGGAUGUUACGAACAUAGAGGCUUGAGAAUGUAUCUGAAGGGAGGCAUUUCUUCUUCUCUGGGAGAGCUAUGAGAGGUCUGAAAUGGCCAGUGUUUGUUAGUUUGAGGAAGGAAGAAGGUAAAGAGGGUCGUAGCUCUCUUUGCAGUACAUUCCCAUUCGACUGAUCUGUCCUUCUUUCCUAAGAGCAUAGUGCAUGUUCCCCCACAUUACUUUAUCUAGAGAGAGAGAGAGAGAGAGAGAGAGAGAGACUCACCGUUUUCAGGAGUGUUGUUAGCCUGUGGAGGAGCUUGCAAUUGUGAUGAUACUUGAGAAUUUUGUGGCUGCUUCCCUUCUUCUUCUUCUUCCUCUUCUUCUUCCAUGUGUGGGCUCACUGCGAGACACGCCUAGAUUGGUCCAAAGCCGCAGGAACGGCCAGCCGCCGAAUCCUCUACAGCUGACACCCCAACUCUCAACCCAGAUCACUGUUCAUGCAUUCCUGCUCUGGGUUUCGGUUGGCUUCCUGAUGCCGGUUGGCAUUAUCAUCAUCAGAGUGUCCCACCGAGUCCACUGCAUCACAAAGCUCAAGGCUCUGUUCUACGCCCAUGUCAUCGUUCAGACCGUGGCGAUCCUGCUUGCAACUGCUGCCGCGGUUCUAUCGGUAAUCAACUUCGAGAACUCCUUCAGCAACACCCAUCAGAGGUUAGGAGCAGCACUGUACGCGCUCAUUUGGAUUCAACCAGUGGUUGCCUUUCUCAGGCCUCACAGGGGAACGAAGCUUAGGGGGGUGUGGUACCUGCUGCACUGGCUGCUCGGGACCGGAGUCUGCGUGCUGGGCGUCGCCAACGUCUACAUCGGUCUGCACACGUACCGAGAGAGAAGCUCGAGAAGUGUGAGCCUGUGGGCGUCUCUACUCACGGCGGCGGUGUCGAUCGUUGCCGUCGUCUAUCUCUUGCAAGACAAAUGGGAGUAUCUGAUGAAGCAAGCAAGGGUGGGAGAUGAGCAGGUCACACCAUCUCCUCUCGGUGGCAGCCACAAGGAAAUCAAUUAUGGAUGCCAUGCUUCUUUUACAAGCAGAAGUGAGAGAUACCAAAAGCAGGAAGGUGAAUUAGUAGUGGAAUUACAGCUGCAAAGACGAUAGUAGGACAAAGGCAUCAGAGUAUCA